CGGAUAGGGUCCUUGACCAGGCGUCAGGACCGCGUGUCAAAUCAUGGCAAGGUUUUACGGGGGUCUAAUGAGGGGCAUGUGAAGAGGAGUGUUGGGACACAAGUUCGAGAACCAGCACAUAAAGAGGGUGUCGAGUACGACCUGAUCCAAUUGUUAGUCGGAGACCUGGGAGGAUCCUUUGCUCGCUAAGCCAUAAACAUGCGGAUCGUUUUGCUUAUAUGUGGUCUGCUCUGGAUCACACCACUUGUGUGUGCUCAAAUCUACCAAGGCAACGCAACGGCGGCGAGUACUCAAUCUUCGACCCUUACUGCCGCAGCUGUGACGUCUGUCGAGAGUCCAGCUGCACAAAGUCCUCAGGUUGCUACAAGCGUAUCCGCUUCACCCGUGGCGGCUUCGUCGAGUGACCCGCCGCCAGCGAAUCCAGAUUCUACCACAGUUGCUGCUGCUACAGCAGCUGCUAGCCCUACGGGGCAGGAUACUACGCAGGGAGGUGGCGAAUCACCGAGUACGACCAACAAUGUAGUGACUUCUAAUACGCCCACAACUUCCUCAUCUGUCGCAGUACAGCGGAUUUCUACUACGGCACCAGCGGAUACUGGAACUGCACCAGUGACUUCCACGUCGACGCCUUCACCUGCGGCGGAUCCGACUACGCCUUCAACCCCAACCCCGCCCCCAACCCUGGCACCGACAGCGACAUCUACACCCGGCGCUGUCGACAUUCCCGCUUCAACGGCAGAUACAACUGCUAUAGAUCCGCCGGCAUCACCUGCUUCCUCGCCUGAUUCCUCCACCAGUAUCAUUCCAACAACAACUGCCUCACCAACGACAACUUCAAUUGCAACACCUGCUGUGGCUACCCCUACUGACCCAAGCUCAUCAAACGAUGGUACGUAUUUCUAUCUUUCUUCUUGUAAAUGACGGACAUGGUCGCCGGAUUAUAUGGAUAUUACAAUAGCGACCAGCACGAGUCCGACCUCUUGACGUCUCGAUCUAAGGCUGAACAACGUGCGGUUGCGUGCAGGGACGAGGACGAGUCCGAGUUUGAGUGCAGACCAAAGACUGCCGCCGACAACGACGACGAAGCCUAGUAGCAAUGCGAUUCCUCCUGAUAUUACGAGUGAAGUGUUCAGCACAGAACAAACUGUUCCCACCAGGCAAACUGUGGGAA